UCAAAUUUGCGGUUGAUAACUGUUAUCACCAGGCUAAAUAGUUAUAAAUAUUUUAUAUAAAUCGAAGAGCAACGUUAAGUUACAAGUGAUCGUGGAAAAGUUGCUGUGAAACAGUGGAAAUAUCUUAUGAUUAUGUACAGUUAUUAGUUUCGAACAACAUCAUUUUUCCGGAUCAUCGUAUUACUUUUGGUUCUGUGACUGUCAAUUAGGGGUUUGUUAUUACGAAAAGGAUGAUGGUAACAAUUGCGUCGUGUUAUUUAACAUUUUUCUAUCUUCUCUGAAAAAUAACAUCGAUAUCCACUUCCAACAAUCAUAAAUAAAAUAUUAUUGUAUUACAAUAUGUGCAUGAAUGGGAAUGGGACAAAGAAUAUGCUACAACUUCUAUUACUUUAUUUGAACAAAACUUAAGUGUUCAGUUUCAUGGCAUAUUUAGUAAUGGUACAUCAGCAGUUAGAGGUACUAAAUUGUUGGAAAAAGGGAGACAUCAUUAUUGGGAACUUAAAAUACUGACCCCUACUUAUGGAACAGAUAUUAUGAUUGGUGUCGGCACAGAUAAAGUAGAUAUGAACAGUAGGAAGAAUGAUUUUUGUUCAUUCCUUGGACUUGAUCAAGAGUCUUUUGGCUUUUCCUAUCGUGGAUAUAUACAAUAUGAUGGUAAAAAACGCAAAUAUGGAUGUUGUUUUGAUCAAGAUAGCUUAGUUGGAGUACAUUUAAAUACAUGGAAUGGUACUUUAGAAUUUUUCCACAAUAGAAAAUCUCUCGGUAUUGCUUUCACUGGAUUAAAGGACACAAUGUUAUACCCUAUGGUGUGUUCUACGGCUGCACAAAGUAAAAUGAGAUUGUCCCAUUGUAGUUCUACACCUGUAUCUUUGCAGAUGGAAUGUUUGACAGCAUUAAAAUCAUCCCAAAGAGAGUAUUUAUUAAAAAUGUUCCCUGGACUUUGCUAUCUUUUUGAGAACAUUUUUGCGGAUAUAUUAAAAGCAGAUUUAGAUGAUAGUGAUGAUGAUGAUGAUGACAACCUAAACCCUCUCAUGGACUACACAACUUUUGAUGAUUACUUUAAGCUUAACUAAACACAAGAUGUAGAACAUCUCACAUUCAAAAGUGCUAUAUUUUAUAUAUUUUAAUUGUAAACUUAUUGUCUAUAUCUAAAAUGAAGAUAUUUAA